ACGGGGGUGGUGCAGUUGGGAGGUCGUAGUGAUAUUUGCAGAUGUCUCGAUACUUGCUCCGCCUCGCACGCUUGACAACAAUUAAGGAAAUAUCACCGAGAGGACAUUUAAUACCGAACAGCUCCCUACUACUACUACGAAGCCACCAGCCUUGCGUGUGUCCGCAUCUGAGAGCCAAUUCAACCAGCACUAUGGGUGUGAAAAUACUCGUUACUUACUGUGGUGGAUGAGGGUACAAGCCCAAGUUCACCAAGCUCAAGACUCAGCUUGAGGAUGAAUUCCCCGGCGAUCUUGACAUAACUGGUGAAAGCACUCCAUCCACAACUGGGUGGUUUGAAGUGGAGGUGGGAGGGACGGUGGUGCACUCCAAGAAGAAUGGAGAGGGAUUUGUGGACGAUGACAAGAAAAUGGCCAAGAUCGUCAGCGCCAUCGAGAAAUGCCUAGGUUGAGUGUACACUGUAAGAGCUUGACGGCCUCUGCUGUUCUUUGUCCGGGGAAUUGCGAAUGAUGGUGUUACCUGAAGUGUGUCCGGCAUGGGUAGCACCUGAUGAUCCAGUCUCUUCCUCGGAGACUGCCUGCAGUGUGUUUGUGAAGCUCCAACAGUUGUUACACAUUUUUUUUUCUUUUUUUUUAAAAGCAUUAUGUGUGUUUAAAUUGGAAUUCAUGUACGGGCAUUGCAAUGCAUCCAUAUAGGAAACCAUCAAAUUGUUCCAUCAACAAAUUGGUCUGCUUUUUGAAAGUACGUGUCAAUGUUUACAAUAUCAAACAAUAAAAAAAUAUAUGGUUUGAAAAUA